GAGGUUUAGAUGACGAUAGAAUUUGUCGUUCUUCCUACGUGCGCUCGCCGUGUGUUUAUUUGCAAACGAUCCUCGACAUAAACACCAUCGUCUGUGGUUUUGUUUUAAAAAAUUCCGAUCGCAAACUUUAGGCGAAGAGGUUCACGUUUUCAAAGUUAAGUUAAAAGGCUUGUUGAAAGUGAAAUUCCUUAAGAGCAAGUAAGCUUUUCACUUCAGUGACAGAAAGUUUCAUCAUGUCUAAGAAAGAAGUGAAAGAAACGAAAAAAUCUGUUUCUAUAUUCUCGUUGUGGCGGUGCUGCCUUAGUGGAGAGACGAACAGACCAAAAGUGCAGAAAAAAUCUGUGGCAAAAGACCAGCCAGACGCCCCAAUAGAAAAAGGGAAAGAAGCUUUGGAAGACAAGGGAAAAGUUGUUGACAAAACUAGUGACUUGGAACUUGAAUACGUGGCAACUCCGCCGGAGUCGGCGCCUGCGGUUUCACCAAGCGACGAUUACAGACCCAGCUAUGAAGAAGCGAAUACUGCAUCAACAGCGCCGUCUACUGUGGGAAGCGAGGAGGAUUCCACCUUAAACGCGCCCGCGAGUAUUCAAGUUAUGCAAGAGAAUGGCACUCCUUCGAAAAUUACCAGGGAAGUCGGGACAGGCGGACGACUAAAUCUGCAGUUCGUGUAUGAUCCUGCACCAUCCAAACUGACCCUGACUCUACUGGGAGUAGAAUUCCCUCCGUUCCAGAAGUGGAAGAUGGAUGAUCUAGAGGUGAGUUGCACUCUACUACCCAUUCAUCAGCAUAGCUUCCGUGCGCGUCCAAAGAAGUUCAAGGAUCCGUUUACAAUGACUCUGACGCCGAAAGAGAAAAUCAAAACAAUGUCCCUCAGGUUUCGUUUGUACAACCACCGCGCCAUGUCCAAACAUCUGAUUGGCCAGGGAGUUGUGAGCCUUGGAGAAAUAAAUCUCACUCCACAGGCGGUUAAAAUCGCCUUGGAUCUGAAUAUUCCCGAGACCUACGCCAUUGACUCCCGCUACAUAGAGUCUGUCACGGGCGCUAACGGGCAGACAUCGUCAGAAGAUUCCAAACCUGAAAUUUUACUCUCUCUGGAAUACCGUUCCUUGACAAGAAAGCUGAUUGCUGAAGUUAUAAAAACCCGCCAUCUGGGUCUCCUCAACAACUCCAAACCGCAAGACCUCGCGGUUGAAAUGAAGCUGAUUGGAGAUAACAACCAAGUGUUACGCGUAUGUCGAACCUCGCUAAAGAAACACGUUAUCGAUGCAGAAUUCAACGAGAUGUUUAUGUUUCGCGUGACGUACGACAAGCUGUCCAGCAUCGCCGUCGUUUUCACGCUGUUCCGUAUGACAGAGAGGCGAGGAAAGAGAGAGAAUAUUGGAGAAGUUUGCUUUGGAAAACAGUCCAGUAGUCAUGAGCAGCAAAAUCAUUGGAAUCAAGUCGUGACGGGAUCUGAGCGCGUUGUCACGCAAUGGCACCCACUCUUUAAAUAAGUAUGCAAAGAGUGCUCUGAAUGCAUCCAUUUAGAGGGAAGAACAAGAAAUACAGAGGUUUCGCAGUAUGAUUUAACUCUAAUGGUUCAUUUUUUUAUAUCUAGCAUGACAAUAAAUAUAUUGCAGAUACUAGGUAAAGCAUUGAUGAUAUUUUUAUCUGUGCAUGGAACAUCUAUCAUGACAUUGAUUAUUUUUAUAUUAGGUAAACUGCGCUUGUGUUUAUACAUGAAUUUAGUCGCAACGACUAAGAGAAGGCUUGGAAACAAAGCCAUGCUAAAAAAUGAUUUUUUUUCUCUUUUCCUCUUUAAACUUAAUUACUAGACUGAGUGAAAAAAGCAUCCAUGCUUUUUCAUUGGUGGCCACCAACUCUUCGCGUCAAAGCGCGGACAAUAGUUAAUCAAUUUGUUUGUCUCAAAAUUUUUGGGAAAAGUUUCAUUGAAUCAGCGGCUACCGAGUUUAAUAAGAUUCUUACAGUUUUUAAUGCUAUUUGUUGAAAUAUAGUGGCUAAUUAAGGGGUAAUCAAGUGUGUACUCUCAAUGUUGCGUUUCAGAACUAAGCUUUUGGGUGGAAAUUUUUAAUACUUUUUUAAUAAUUUUUUAAUAGCAAUACUAUUCUUUCAUGGAAAAAUAUUUUAUAAGAUGUUUGUACUCUAUGGCUAUGAAGACACUUGUUUUUCUAAAAUGAUAAGACUUUUCAGUGAAAAUUUUACACCAGCUGACAGCAGAUAUGUAGCAAAGCCUCGAUAAAACAUUGACAGUAAGAAGUGCACCAUGGUACAAACCCUUGGUUGUAUAGUCGAUCGAUAAAACAGACUUGCUUGCUGGUAUUUCAAAUUUUUUUCACUUUUUGAUCUGUCGAUUUUAGACCUUCAGUUAACGUUUUGUUAAUGAGGUGGCAAAGCAAAUUAUCUUUUAUAGGCUGCUGUGUGGCAACAGAAAAAAAAUGUUUCAGUUGCUGAUAAUAACCGGUGGGGUUUUAGUUAAACGUUUGCCCCGUCUUUCCUUAGGGACAAAAUUGGACAAAAGAGAUGCACACGUAGGGAUAUUUUCACUCACCCGUGAGUUUCACGCGAUACAGAACUUUGUAUCCAGAAAUACUGGUGAGACCAGUACAUUGCACAUGCUUGUGCAUAGCACUGAAACAGGGUACCAUUUUAUGGAAUGUUUCAUUAAAAAUUGUUUGCACUUUUUUCUUUA